GUUUGGACGUUGGAAACGGAGGCAGUGUUUGCUCUAAGCAAUCUCACAGUAAAAUUCAUUCGCCGAAUUCAUUAUGCCUUCUUCACUGUGUGAAACGAUUAAAAAUUCCGCAGACAAUUUAGAAAGUCCAAAACAUGAUGAUUGGAUUACAAGUGGAAAAAUGGGUUCACGGGAAGCCGUUCUGGUGUUUCGAACAAACAUACUCAAUCCAAAAACUAGAAAGAAUUUAUCGGAAACCUACUCGUCGCCAGUACUGCCAGAGAGCAGAUCUAAUAUGGAGGCAACUCUUUUGUGCCGAAAUGGUGAAAAUGACAUAAGUUCUUUAUCCCUACCACUAUGCAGUAACGAAGACUUGAGUGGUUCAAAACAGCGAAAAAUCUAUGUAUCAAUUAGAAAUUCGGUCAAUAUUAAUCAAACUGAAAAUUCAGACUUUCAAAGCACUGCAAAAAAGAUGAAUAAGCAGUAUUCCUCAAGCGAUACGUCUAUGUCCAGCGAAGGAGAAGAACCUACACGAAAUAUAAAAAAUAAAUUUCGAACCCUAAAAAAGAAUCCGAAUGACAUAAACACUAACUUAGUAGAAGAUGUAUCAAAGGAAAGUGGCUACGAUUCCACAACACCUGCCAAAUCAAUAACGAACAUCAGCGCAAGUGAGGAAGAAGAAUGUGUUACAGAGGACGACGAAGAAUGUGGUAUUGUUAUGCCGGCAUAUAAGCUGAAAAUCACCUAUAAGUUUAUUCAAACUGAAACAAAAUUGCUCAGAAAGAUAUUUGAUGUGCAUGGCCUUAGAGAAGUUGAGGGUGAUAAAAAUUUUAAUUUACUAUGGACUGGGGUUCAUAUGAAAUUGGAUAUACUGAGAAAUUUAGCACCGUAUCAAAGAGUCAAUCAUUUUCCUAGGUCCUACGAGUUAACCCGAAAAGAUAGACUCUAUAAAAAUAUCGAGCGUAUGCAACAUCUUCGUGGAAUGAAACAUUUUGACAUUGUACCCCAAUCGUUUAUUCUUCCCUUGGAAUCACGAGACCUAAUAAUAGCACAUAACAAACAUCGUGGCCCAUGGAUAGUAAAACCAGCAGCAUCAAGUAGAGGAAGAGGAAUAUUCAUUGUAAAUUCGCCAGAUCAAAUUCCUCAGGAUGAACAAGUUCUUGUAUCAAAGUAUAUUAUUGACCCGCUUUGUAUUGAUGGACACAAGUGUGAUUUACGAGUAUAUGUAUUAGUUACAUCUUUUGAUCCUCUUAUUAUUUACCUUUACAAAGAGGGAAUAGUAAGAUUAGCCACAGUCAGAUACGAUAGAAAUGCUGAUAAUCUAUGGAACCCGUGUAUGCAUCUUUGCAAUUACAGCAUCAACAAAUACCAUUCCGACUACAUCAGAUCCUCAGAUGCCCAAGAUGAGGAUGUGGGCCAUAAAUGGACAUUAUCGGCUCUCUUAAGGCACCUGAAAAUUCAGGGCUGUGAUACUCAUCAGUUAAUGCUGAAUAUAGAAGAUUUAAUAAUAAAAGCUAUUCUGGCCUGUGCUCAAACCAUUAUUUCCGCAUGUAGAAUGUUCGUUCCAAAUGGAAAUAACUGUUUUGAAUUAUAUGGAUUUGAUAUUCUAAUCGACAAUUCACUUAAGCCUUGGUUACUAGAAGUGAAUCUUUCGCCAUCUAUGGGAGUAGAUAGUCCCUUAGAUACUAAAGUAAAGGCAUGCCUAAUUGCUGAUUUAUUGACUUGCGUUGGUAUACCAGCAUAUAGUCCAGAAGUGAGAUCACAUUACGAUAGCAAAUGGUCGCGAUUCCGCAGUUCUAGUUGUCAAAGGAGUAUUAAUGUUACAAGUGUCUCAUAUAAAAUCAAAAAGAAUAAGAAAAAAGGGUCCGUCAGCACUGAUCAUCUGACUGGUGAAGAACAGCGCAUAUUACGAAAUGCUCGUUUACAAUAUUCCCGUCGAGGAGGAUUUGAACGCAUAUUUCCUACAGCUGACUCAAUGCAGCGGUAUGGUAACUUUUUAGAUUCUACAAAUGGUAUUCCGAUCUCUACCCCAAACGUACAAGGCCAGACAUUCCAAACAUUAAUUAUGCAGCAUAACUAUAACCAAAUGCUUCACUCAAAUUUAUACUGCCAGGAUACGAGUUAUACUAUAGAUGAUAGUUUAGAAAAAAAUCGUAUUAAACAAUACGAACGAGCUUUGGAGACUGGAUCUGAAAUUCCAUUUGCAAAGAAGCCUGCAGUGGAAAAAUCCGAAGAAGAAGGUAGAAGGCAACGAAAACUGAUGCUUAAAAAAAUUGGAACUGGCUCUGAACUAACUCAGUUUCAAGCGCGGCAAACUUUCAGCUUGUACCUGGAAUCUGUUUUAAAACGAAUAACACAAGAUCCCAGAGACAAUCAUGAAAAAAUUAUACUAAAGUUUUUAAACAAAUUUGGAGGAUCCGUUAAACCGCCAGUAUUAUUUCGAAAUACUCAAAGCAUAAAAGUUAUAAGUAAAGCCCGUUCAGCAAUGGUAGCAAAGCUCCUUGGAGAUUUUCUGGAAAAUUAUAAAAGAGACACAGAAGCAUAUGUGGACUCAUUUGAUCAUUUUGGAAUGAUACCAUCUAGUGCUUAUCAACAAUUUUUGACGCACGCUCAAGAGUCCGAUUUAGAAGCAGUCCUCACUCUUCAUACUAAUGUUACUGGAAUUAUGCCCUUUCUGUAUAAUCGCUGUGGAUUAUCAGUGCCACCUACGCCACCGAUUCCGUCCGGCUUGCAUGGGUUUUUGAGAGCUCUUCCAUCGAUGGUAUCAUCUUCUGGUGUAGCUAGAGAAGUUAGCAAAUAUGAUGGAUAUUUCAAAAACAAUGAUAAAGAUUAUGAAAAUGUACAAGAUGCAUCUAUAAGACCCAAGAGUUCAAGGCGAUUUUGAAUAAGUUUCUGUUUAAUAUACUAAUCAAUGGUUCUAAUCCAGUCAAAAUUAUUUAAGGAUCCAAAUGAUUAAACUAAGAAAACUUUUAAAUUAAAUUAAAAACAAUCCACAAAGAUAUAUAAUCAUAUUUACCUCUUUGCUUAAGCCAUACUUUGUACGCCAAAGAUAAAUGAAAUCAAAAGUUCAAAAAUAAAUGCGAAACGCACCAACUAA